GCCUCACCACCAUCCCUCUAUUUCUCCAGCACCUAUCUAUUCUCAUUCUUCCCUGAUUUGGGGAUGAAUGGAAAGGUUCCCCAAGGCAGCCCUGACGGAGGACAGCCAGGCUGGAGGCUCGAGCUAUGGGAGGAAGGGAAGGAUACUCCUGAACCUGUAUGUGGCUCUUGCCCCAACCCCUCUUUGGCUGAAACACAGGCAAAAGAAAUGGCUGAGUGCAGAAAAGACUUGGUGCUUACUCUGCGCGUGACUGCUGUGUAACUCUGGGAGCAAGAAUAUCUGAAUAUGAGUGGUAGAAACUGGAUAUUAAUGUCUACAACUUCACCCCAAAGCCUGGAAGAUGAAAUUCUGGGACGGCUUCUGAAAAUUCUAUUUGUUUUGUUUGUUGAUUUAAUGUCCAUUAUAUAUGUAGUUAUAACUUCCUGAAAGCCUGACAUCGUUCACUCUGUAUGUUUCCAACUAAAUUCCAGUGAAUAAAGACCUACA